CAGGAAUGCACCAAGUACAAGGUCAGCACCUGCCGCGAGUGCGUGGAGUUGGGACCUGGCUGCGCCUGGUGCCAGAAGCUGAACUUCACUAAAAAAGGGGAGCCCGACUCCGUCCGCUGUGACACACGGGAGCAGCUAAUAAAAAAACAAUGCCCGACCGAUGAUAUUGUGGAUCCCAAGAGCAUCGUUGAGACCCAAGUAAACAGAGCUGGGGACCGAAAGCAGCUAUCUCCACAGAGUGUGACACUCCACCUACGACCAGGCCAGACCACUUCGUUCAAUGUGACCUUCCGUCGGGCCAAGGGCUACCCCAUCGACCUGUACUACCUGAUGGACCUCUCCUACUCCAUGCUCGAUGACCUCAAUAACGUCAAGAAGCUGGGCGGAGACCUGCUCACGGCCCUCAAUGAGAUCACUGAGUCGGGCCAGAUCGGUUUUGGCUCCUUUGUGGACAAGACAGUGCUGCCCUUCGUCAACACACACCCCGAGAAGCUGAAGAACCCGUGCCCCAACAAAGAGAAGCAAUGCCAGGCCCCGUUCGCCUUCCGGCACGUGCUGAAACUGACCAGUAACUCCGAUAAGUUUCAGACAGAGGUUGGGAAGCAGCUCAUUUCCGGGAAUCUGGAUGCGCCCGAGGGAGGCUUAGACGCAAUGAUGCAGGUGGCCGCAUGCCCGGAACUAAUUGGCUGGCGCAAUGUCACACGCCUGCUGGUGUAUGCCACAGAUGACGGCUUCCACAUCGCCGGGGAUGGGAAAUUGGGUGCCAUCUUGACCCCCAAUGACGGCCACUGCCACCUGGAAGACAACAUGUACAAAAGGAGCAAUGAAUUUGACUACCCAUCUGUGGGCCAGCUAGCCCACAAACUAGCUGAGAACAACAUCCAGCCCAUCUUUGCUGUGACAAAAAAAAUGGUGCCAACCUAUGAGAAGCUCAUGGAGAUCAUCCCCAAGUCGGCAGUCGGCGAGCUUUCUGAUGACUCUAGCAACGUAGUCCAGCUCAUCAAAAAUGCCUACAAUAAACUCUCCUCCAGAGUCUUCCUGGACCACAGCACCCUCCCUGACACCCUGAGAGUCACCUAUGACUCCUUCUGCAGUAAUGGGGUCUCACGACUGGACCAGCCCAGAGGGGACUGUGAUGGUGUGCAGAUCAACAACCCGAUCACCUUCCAGGUGAAAGUCGUGGCUACAGAGUGCAUCCAAGAGCAGUCCUUCACGAUCCGGGCAUUAGGUUUCACGGACACAGUGAUGGUGCACGUGCACCCACAGUGUGAGUGCCACUGCCAGGACCUCAGCCUUGACCCAAGCCAGUGCAACAACAAGGGCGUCGUGGAGUGCGGUGUCUGCAGGUGUAACCUUGGCUAUGUGGGGAAAAGCUGUGAAUGCCAGACCCAGGGCAGGAGCAGCCAGGAGCUGGAGGGGAACUGCCGGAAGGACAACAGCUCCAUUGUGUGCUCAGGGCUGGGUGACUGCAUCUGCGGGGAGUGCAUCUGCCACAAGAGUGACGACCCCAAGAAGCAGAUCUUUGGGCGCUACUGUGACUGCGACAACUUCAACUGCGAGCGCUAUGAUGGCCAGAUCUGUGGUGGAGAGAAAAGGGGAAGCUGUAACUGUGGCAAGUGCUACUGCCACCCAGGCUUUGAAGGUUCAGCGUGCCAAUGCCUCAGUUCCACCGACGGUUGUGUGGACGCACAGCAAAUUGUAUGCAGUGGACGUGGGCGAUGUCGCUGCAACGUGUGUGAAUGUGACCUUGGCUACCAGCCACCCCUGUGCCAGGAGUGCCCUGGUUGCCCCUUGCCCUGCAGCCUCUAUGUCUCCUGUGCCGAGUGCCUACAAUUCAAAAAGGGCCCUUUAGUGAAAAAUUGCAGUGCAGCAUGCCAGAACCUGGAGCUGCGUGAAGACCUACCCAAAACAAACCGGAUAUGCAAGGAACAAGACUCAGAGGACUGUUGGAUUAGCUUCACGCUGAGUCAACGUCCUGGGAAAGAGAACUACUUCAUCCAAGUGAAGGAGACACGAGAGUGCAUUGAGGGGCCCAAAGUGGGUGCCAUUGUUGGGGGCAUAGUGGCAGGCAUUGUACUGAUUGGCUUGCUCCUGCUGAUCUCCUGGAAGGCCUUGAUCCACCUGAGUGACCUCAGGGAGUACAAGCGAUUUGAGAAGGAGAAGCUCAAGUCCCAGUGGAACAAUGAUAAUCCUCUUUUCAAGAGUGCCACCACGACAGUCAUGAAUCCCAAGUUUACUAAGGAACUGCGGCUGCGCAUGGAGCCGCGCGGCCCGCCCACCCACAACUCCCCACACCCCUUAUCCCCGCGGAGCAAGUUUCCGGCGCCGCAGCUCUUCCGGACCCCGAGCUAG